AUGGCUACUCAUCCGAAAGAGGUCAAGAGUAGGAAGUACGGCCAUCUCCCACUCUCAACUUCUGGUCCGCAAGACUGUGCAUUGACGGGUUCUGCCUUACUCCGGACUCCAUACUUCAACAAAGGCUCCGCCUUCACCAAAGAAGAGCGCAAGACAUUUAAGCUCCAUGGCCUUCUUCCCCCACACAUCCAGUCACUCCACGAGCAGGUUCAACGCGCAUACGAGCAAUACAGCAGUCGUCCGAGCGAUUUGGCGAAGAACACGUUCAUGACGAGCAUGCAGGAGCAGAACGAGGUGCUAUACUACAAGCUUAUCCAAGACCACCUCAAGGAGAUGUUUUCUAUCAUCUACACGCCGACUGAAGGGGACGCCAUACAGAACUAUUCGAGGUUGUUCCGCAGACCUGAAGGGUGCUUCUUGAACAUUGAAGAUGCCGACCGAGUUGAGGACAACCUGAACCAGUGGGGGAACCCGGAGGACAUCGAUAUCAUUGUCGUCAGUGAUGGGGAGCAGAUACUCGGUAUUGGCGAUCAAGGCGUCGGAGCUAUCCUCAUUAGCAUUGCAAAGCUGGUGCUCUACACUCUCUGCGCGGGUAUACACCCUGCUCGAACGCUGCCGGUGGUGCUGGACUGUGGAACGAAUAACCAGGAGCUGCUGGAUGACGACCUAUACCUCGGACUACACCAACGACGAGUUACGGGAGAGAAGUACGAUUCAUUCGUCAGCGCAUUCGUCGAAGCAGCCCGCAAACGCUAUCCCAAGGCUUACAUCCACUUCGAAGACUUUGGUCUGCACAACGCACGGCGCAUCCUAGACAAGUACACCCCUCAGAUCGCCUGCUUCAAUGACGAUGUCCAAGGAACCGGAUGUGUAACGCUAGCAGGCAUCAUGACCAGUCUCAAAAUCAGCAAUGUGAAAUGGGACGACGUGAGGAUUGUGAUGUUUGGAUCGGGGACUGCUGGUACGGGUAUCGCGGAUCAGAUCAUGGACGCUAUUGCGGUAGAGACGGGAAAGUCGAAAGAGGACGCAGGUCUUCAGAUAUGGUGUGUCGACAAGCCUGGUCUGCUGCUGCAAUCCAUGAAGGACGAGCUCACACCGGCUCAACACCCAUAUGCCCGCGCAGACGACGACUGGAAGAACAAAGAUCAUGGAGACCUACUGAGUGUGAUCAAAGAAGUAAAGCCGCAUGUGCUGAUCGGCACUUCAACGAAACCCGGAGCCUUCACCAAGGAAGUCGUUCAGGAGAUGGCUAAGCAUGUUGAGCGUCCAAUUAUUUUCCCACUCAGCAACCCAACCAGACUGCACGAAGCGAAGCCUCAGGACCUCUUCGAUUGGACGGAUGGUAAGGCUCUAGUUGCGACCGGAUCCCCGUUUCCGCCUGUGGAGCACAAGGGAAAGAAGUAUGAAAUAGCUGAGUGCAACAACUCCGUCACCUUCCCUGGCAUUGGCCUCGGAGCGGUACUUUCCCGUACACGCCUCAUGCCUCCCUCCCUCCUCGUCGCCGCAGUCCGAGCCCUCGCGUCCACCGCCCCCGCGCUCAAAGACCCGACCGCCGGACUUCUCCCUGAUGUCACCGACGUUCGCGAAAUUAGCGUACAGAUUGCCAAAGCUGUGAUACAAGCCGCUGUCAAGGAGGACCUCAAUCAGGAGAAGGACAUCCCGACGGACGAAGAGGAGCUGGGAGAUUGGAUCCGGGAGCAGAUGUGGGACGCACGGUAUCGGGACUUGAAAUACGUACCUGAGAAGAACGCGACUUCUCUUGCUAAAGGUGAGGCGGGGAUUGGAACGGUGCGACGAUCUGCUACCUUUUCCUCGUAG